CACAUAUAUAUUUGGUAGACGGCACAUAUAUACAUAUAUUUGGUAGACCUCUCAAAAGUAUAUUGCUUUAUCAUUUUUUUAAGAAAUGAUUCAAAUUGUAAACCUUGUCAUGGCAGGUCUUCUUUUAGCUCAUUCACUUGAUGGAUUUGCCGGAGGAAUGGUGGAUAAUUUUCGUAAAAAAGACGAUAUUUAUCAGAAUAAUAAACUAAUUGAAUGGAAACGUUAUGCAAACUUACAGAGUAACAGAAAUAAACCAAACGUGCAAAAUAAUAUCAGAUUCCCCAGAGAACAUUUUAAAGAUUGUGCUAAAUAUUGCGAUAACAACGAUAACAACUGCAUAAGUGACUGCAAAAGAAUUGCCUGGUUAGUUAUCUAGUUCGUUUUUGGUUAGAUAAAUAAAGACUUAGACUGAAUUUGCUUUCACUUAUUAAAGACAUAAACAAGUCGAAAUUAAAUAAAGAACUUCAUUAUUUUAUAUAUUUUAAUUUUUUAUUUGUAAACAGUAUAAAUUAUGUAUAAAAUUUUCAAACAGUUAAGAAAUU